AUGUCCAACAAAAGCAAUGUUUUACCAGACAAUGUUAUGGAAUUUGAAGAUGAACGUUUUUUCGAAUUCGUGAGAAGUUUUGCUGGCGAGAAGCUAGCUACUCUUCUUGAGUAUCAAGAUAUUAAUAGUGUAUGUUGUCUUUUAGCAGCUGAUGAUCCUUUCGAAAUUUUAUCAUACGAUUCAGAUGAUUUACUUGAUUUGAAGAAGAAAACAUGCAUAAAAUUAAAUACUAAUGUAUUUUCUGUUUUACCAGGCAUUAAGAGUAAGAUGAUAUUAUUAAAAAAUGCAUUAAUAAAAAAACAAAAUGAGUUAAAGAAAAAAACAAAAAAAAUGUCUUCAAAUAUUCCUAUGCCAAAUAAUAUAUUCUCUAUGAAUUCCACAACCAAUUAUUCUACUAUUUCUGUAUGUUCAUCUGUGAAUAAAGCAGUAGAUAAUUCUUCAUUAUUUGCCACCAAUUCAAAUUUUGAAGAAAAUCUUAAAAAAAACAUAAUUAAUUCACUUUAUGAUUGGUUAAAGAAAAACGACCAAAGUAAAAAUCAACAAAAUUAUCAAAUCAAAGAAGGAAUAGAUUAUGAAAUCAUCGUGAAUUCUGUUGACAACAAGGUGUUGAUACGAUGUCAGUGUGGUAUAAAUUACACAUUAGGUCACAAGGAUAACAAUUAUCUUUUAUCAAAUUAUACCCGUCAUUUAACAAAUAAAAAUCCAUGUUCAAUGGUUCAACAAAAAUUGAAAGAUCUUCCUGAAAAUUUGACUGUCAAUGCUGUUUCUACUAUUGAUUAUUCUAACACAUCUAUUGAUCCGAUAAUCAAUACUGCAUCAAAUUCAAUGUUAUCUAUCCAAACACCACUAAAAAAAAUAAAAAAAAAUCAAACAUCUGGUUCAUCAUUGUCAACGAAAAAGAAAUAG